GUGACUUUUUUUUAACAAACGGAGGGGCAGGCAGGCGGGACAGUCCAGCCCUGCUGCAGUGUGAGAAUACGUGAUCAUUACCUCUCAAUGCACCGUUACAUAAUAGAGUUAUGUUUUUAUUAGGUCUUGCUGUCUGUUGUUCAUAGUCAGGUCCACGGGAGACACGACAGCGCGCUCCUCAUCCGUCAUGUCCCGGGGGUUUGAUGAUCACGAGAUCUGAGGCUGCAGACGAAAACUUUCCACCUGCGAUUCUUUAAAGAAACGAAACCAACUCGACAUGAUGCUCUGAAGAAACAUAUCGGUUUCAGGACAUCCUGCAUCCACAUUGUCAAGUAGUUUGGUUUCCUUGUGGUUUGUGUAGUUUCUUCCUAAAAGCGGAAGUUACAUACCGCUUUUAGAUUGGCGUCGCCGCUGUUGUUCAUAAGGAUAGGUUCCUGUUUUUCAGACCAUGGCAAAUGAGCACUCUCCUCUGCUUGUUCACGGGGUGUACAGCAUGAUGGGUGAUACUAAAGAUUCCAGGGGUGGAUCAGAAGUGACAGGAGAGGGAGCCCCCAAAUCAAACCCCCGCAAACUCAACACCUUCUUUGGCGUCAUGGUGCCCACCAUCCUCUCCAUGUUCAGUAUUGUGCUCUUUCUUCGCACAGGUUUUGUUGUGGGUCAUGCUGGUCUUCUCCAUGGUUUCCUAAUGCUGUUUGUGGCCUACUUCAUCAUCUCCUUGACAAUCCUGUCUAUAUGUGCUAUUUCAACUAAUGGUGCAGUGGAAGGGGGCGGGGCCUACUUUAUGAUCAGUCGUUCUCUGGGACCAGAGUUUGGAGGCAGUAUCGGCCUGAUGUUUUACUUGGCGAAGGUAUGUGCGUGUGGCGUUUAUGUACUCGGCCUGGUGGAGGCCAUACUGGACAUCUUUGGGAAGGAUCCAGGCUCUGCUGUGUCUCAUGGGCUGCGUGUGUUGCCGCAGGGUUACUGGUACACCGUGUUGUACUCCUCUCUAGUGCUGUUGCUAUGUCUGGUGGUGUGUCUGGUUGGUGCUCAUAUCUACGCCAAAGCCUCUUUUAUCAUUCUGCUGGUGGUGACGGUGUCACUGAUCUCUAUCAUCAUCAGCCCCCUGAUACUCCGUCCACAGCACUUCAACAUCACACACACAUACGGCAACAACCACACUGUCACUGUCAACCCCAGCUACACAGGCUUCAACAGCACUACGUUAAAAAACAACCUCGGACCGCACUACUCUCUGGACUACAGUACCAACACAAUGAUGUCUUUCGCCACUGUAUUUGCCGUGAUGUUCACCAGCUGCACAGGCAUCAUGGCAGGAGCCAACAUGUCGGGUGAGCUGAAGAACCCCAGUGAGUCGAUACCUAAAGGGACCAUCAUGGCGGUGUCGUACACCUUCACUGUCUAUGUGCUUCUCUUCCUGCUCCUGAGUUCCACCUGCGACAGGUUGUUGUUAAUCAAUGAUUACGCAGUGUUGCAGCGAGUGAAUGUGUGGCCUCCAUUCGUGACGAUUGGGGUGUACUGCGCGUCUCUCUCAGCUGCUAUGUGCUCCAUGAUAGGAGCUUCUCGAAUCCUCCACGCGCUUGCUCUGGACCAGCUUUUUGGUCUGCCUCUGGCUCCGGCUGCAGUCACUUCCAGCUCUGGGAACCCAUGGGUGUCUGUGCUCUACACCUGGGGUCUGGUGCAGUGUACACUGUUUGCAGGACAGCUGAAUGUGAUUGCUGGUAUUGUGACAGUGUUUUACCUGUUAGCGUAUGCGGCGGUUGAUUUGGCCUGUCUGGCUCUGGAAUGGGCCUCUGCUCCAAACUUCAGGCCAACGUUUCAGUUUUUCUCUUGGCACACGUGUUUGUUGGGUAUUAUAAGCUGUGUGGUAAUGAUGUUCGUUAUAAACCCAGUGUAUUCCUCGGCCAGUAUUGUACUGCUGCUGCUGCUCCUCCUGUUCCUGCACUACCGCUCUCCCACCAGCAGCUGGGGCUACAUCAGCCAAGCGCUUAUCUUCCAUCAGGUGAGGAAGUACCUUCUGAUGUUAGACUCCCGUAAGGAUCAUGUAAAGUUCUGGCGGCCUCAGGUCUUGCUGAUGGUGGCGAACCCACGCUCCUCCUGUCAGCUCAUCUGCUUUGUCAACCAGCUGAAGAAAGGAGGGCUGUUUGUUCUUGGGCAUGUGCAGAUUGGAGAUCUGGAUGUGUUGCCAGCAGACCCGGUGCAGCCACAGUAUAAUUUCUGGUUGAGUCUAGUGGAUAAGUUGGGUGUGAAGGCAUUUGUAGAUCUGACUCUCUCUCCGUCUGUCAGGCAGGGCACUCAACAUCUGCUCCGCAUUACUGGACUAGGAGGCAUGAAGCCUAAUACUCUGGUCUUGGGCUUCUAUGACAACUGCUAUCCAGAGGACUACUUCCUGCAGGACCCAGUCUUUUGCGAGGGUGAUAGGGGUGAAGGGGAUAAUUUCGGGGUGGACCUCCCAUCCUUACAGGCUCAUUUUCCACCAGUGCGCCAUGCCGAGAGCCCUCGCGCUCUGCAGCCAGAGGAGUAUGUGAGCAUCAUCCAUGAUGCCAUAAAAAUGGGCAAGAAUGUUUGUUUGGGCCGCUACUUUUUCCAGCUGCCGCCUGAGACCAAAGGCAUAAGAGGAAAUGACAACAUGGACACCAUUGACGUGUGGCCAACAAACCUACUGUCCCCAGGUAGCGCCAGUUACGCAGACGUGUCCAGUCUUUUCUUGCUUCAGAUGGCGUGCGUCUUAAACAUGGCCAACAGGUGGCGCCGUGCGAGGUUACGUAUAUUUGUCUGUGUGGAGUCAGAAUCGGGAGACCAGGGCUGGCUGGCCAAAGAAGAGCAAUUUAGAGAGUUGCUGGGAAAGCUGAGGAUUCGUGCCGCUAUUAAGAUUGUAGCAUGGGAUGACGUGGCACGCAUAGGUAGAGGGCCAAACUCUGAGGGUCAAAAAUUGACAGAGGACUUCCUGUGUGCCGUGAAUGCCCUGCUGAGGGAAUACAGCUCUACGGCAGCAGUCCGCUUCCUGUAUUUGCCCCACCCUCCCUCCAGUUCCCAGCUGUCACAGCAGUACCUGACACAGCUGGACACGCUGACGCGAGACCUGGGCCCAACUCUCUUGAUUCACGGGGUCACACCGGUAACAUGCACUGAACUCUGAGAAACAAUAACCAAAACGUGUUUGUGUGAUAGAGAUAGAGAGGAACAUCUGGAAUGUUAGGGAGUGGAAUACAAGUGUAUUUGAUUCCUAAUAUUCUCUAAUGGUGGGUGAUUUUGAGGACCAUACAUCAUAAACUGGUAAAAUAUGUGCACUUGGUAAAAAAUCUUAUUUAAAAACAGAUGGUUGGAAUUUGUGUUAUUGGUGAAAACGGGUGUGUUUUGGGUUUAUGGGUAAAUACUGCCAUAUCAUGAUGUAGUGCACCGUUACUUUUGUGUUCUCCAUUGCGCCUCUGUUUGUUCCCAUUAAGUUUGGUGUUGGUGUAAAGGGAGAGCUUGCAUAUCCUGUGAUCCAUGUUUAUGUGUUUGUGCAAGACACAAUAUGGACAAAUAAUGUUGGCUAAUUAGGAUGGAACGAGUUUGUCUUAAAUGAGAUGUGGUUACAUUUGGCACAGUAAUAGGGCAAAGUGAGUCUGUUUACUCACUUUUUGUUUGCUUUUUGUUAUUGUAAUACACUGUUGGGGAAUUUUGUUAAUCAUUUCUGCUUUUUCUUGAUAUAAACCGGCCCUUUGACCCCCUUGUGACCAAGUUAGAGCUUGUGAGCCAUUGAGGAGCCCUCGUGGGUUUGGGUCAUUGUUGGUGUCUUGGCAGAACUGCUGCUCUCAGCUUUGCGUUUAGAGCACUUGCGAUGGAUUUGUGCAUUGAUUGCAUAUUUACUGCCAAUUAUAUAGACAUGUUAUUUAUUAUUAUUAAUAUUAUUACAUUUGUGUGUGUGUGUGUGUGAGAAAGUACGUCUUCUUGUGCACCUGUUUUCAUUAUUAAGUCUGGAUUUCAUAUUGUGUGCCUCAAGAAAUUCCCCUGACCAUUUGCAUUGCCUCUUGCUGUUUUUUACAUUCUGUUGAUACUGUGUGUUUUUUGCCGUUUUUACAGUUCAAACGCUCUUUGUGUUUAUGAUUCUGUUGACUGGGUUGAAGUGGAGCAGGGAGCUCAUAAAUGGUUUGAUUAGUCAGGGCUAAAGAUGAUGUUUGGGUUGAGUCUGUGCUGGUCUUUGUGAAGUGAAAAGGGACACUGGCUUAAAUAAUACUUGAAUAUUUUGCACAUGUGUUAAGCAUUAACAGAAAAGCAACGCCAAAGCCCAAGAAUGUCAGGCCUUUAUCAUAUUUGUAAUAAUAGGAGUCUUAUGCUAAAUAAUACAUGUGUACAAGUAAUUCCAUUCUGUACAUAUAUAUAUAAAUAUAUAUAUAUAUAUAAAUAUAAAUGUUUUUAACAGUGCUUGAAUAUGCAGAUUGCUUUACACAAUCCAGUUUCCAUAUAAUCUGAAGUAUUUAGAGAUCAAAAAUCAUUAAGGUGCAUUAUUAACAAUUUAGUUCUACAAGAAGAGCGCAAUCAUAUGACUGAAUGUAGAGUUUG